UCUUGCAAACCAUACGCUGCUCCCUUUCCCGCCCGUGCCUCGCCUUGCUCGCGCCCCUCCGCGCGUUCCUGUGCCUUGUCUCCGGACCACAUUGUGCACCGACCCACACCCACACCCCCACACACACAUAUAUAUAAGCCAUGGCCAGUCCACUCGGGAUACUCUCCCAGAGCCAGGGGACUCUCCUGUCCCGGCCGCUUCGCUUUUCCUCGUACUCCGAGGGCCAAACCUCCACGCAGGCCAGCCAGAGCGUCCUGGACCGGGCCAGCACCGCCUGCUGGCAAUCGCUGCCUGAGAAGACGCACCUGAUCCAGGCGUCCUUUGCCACGCCGGUUCGCCUGACGCACGUGCAGCUUACCUUCCAGGGGGGCUUCUCCUGCUCGCGCAUUCGCCUGUUCUUUGCCGUGCCCACCGACACCGGGGGCUUGCGUCUGGUCCAUGCUUUGGUCUACCCGGCCGAUCGAAGCACCCCCCAGACCCUUCCUCUGGUGUAUGGGCAUCUUCCCGAGGCGGAGGCCGGGCCACUGCCCGCCGACCUGGCCCGGCUGGAUUUGACAGCCGCUUCCGGGGCCCCGGCCUGUGUGGGGGUCACCUUGCAGCUAGAUCGUCCGGCGGACUUCUACGGGCGGACCAUUCUCUACCACAUGGACUUCCUCGGGGAGCGUGCAUGAGCAACGGACCGCCGGGCCAAUCGAUGGCCCGCCCAAUCACAUUUCCAAUGCCCCAUACACGCAGCCGUGCACAUGUACAUCGGCGCCCCCCGCGCGAGGCCAUACACCAGAGCGCAGGGGCGCCAGGGAGA